AUGUCUGGACCACAUGAUUAUGGCAACACGCUUGUUCCUCCCAUGUACGAGAAGGAUGACACCAGCUCGGCCGGGAAGAAGAGCGAUCCAGAGAACAACCGACUCGACGAAGCUCCUACCAUUCAUGAAGGCCAGGAAAGAUUUAGGAGGUUGGGAUGGAAGCGGCUGACCAUCUGUCUGAUUGUCGAGGCCAUCGCUCUGGGAUCAUUGAGCGUGCCGAGUGCCUUCGCAACCGUUGGCAUGGUUGCCGGUGUGAUUUUGACCGUCGGACUGGGACUCAUCGCAAUCUACACCAGUUACGUCGUUGGCCAAGUGAAGAUGCGAUAUCCACAAGUUGACCAUUAUUCGGAUGCCGUACGACUGAUCUGGGGGAGGUUCGGAUACGAGCUGACGGGAGCCAUGUUUGCCAUCUUCCUGGUCCUCCUAGUCGGCUCGCACGCUCUUACCGGAACCAUUGCCUUCAUCAACAUAGUAGACAAGGAGAACGUUUGUGCGCUUGUUUGGGGCAUCGUCUCGGCCAUUAUCCUGCUUCUUCUCGCACUGCCGCCGACCUUUGCCGAGUUCGCCAUAUUGGGAUACAUCGACUUUGUCAGCAUCAUCAUCGCGAUUGGUGUCACCAUUAUAUCCACUGGAGUACAGGCGCACAACGCCCCAGGAGGUCUUUCGGCAGUCAACUGGUCAGCAUGGCCACCGCCAGAGACGACCUUCUACCAGGCCUUUCUUUCGACGACAAACAUCAUCUUCGCGUAUUCUUUCGCCAUCUGCCAGUUCAGCUUCAUGUCUGAGAUGCACACUCCGAAGGAUUACGUCAAGUCUAUCUGGGCGUUGGGCCUGAUUGAGAUCUUCAUCUACACUGUGACUGGAGCUCUCAUCUAUGCGUUUGUCGGUGCCGACGUAAAGAGUCCUGCGCUUUUGUCCGCCGGGACCACGGUCUCGCGUAUUGCAUUUGGAAUCGCCCUGCCUGUCAUUUUCAUCUCCGGUAGCAUCAACGGCACCGUGGUCGGACGCUACAUCAUGGACCGCGCGUUCCCAACAUCUUCGAUCCGGUACAUCAAAGGCGUCCGAGGCUGGGUUGUCUGGAUCUGCCUGCUCUCCUGCCUUACGCUUCUUGCGUGGGUAAUCGCAGAAGCUAUCCCUUUCUUCAACGCGCUGCUUGGUAUCAUGUCCGCGCUGUUCAUCUCCGGCUUCACCUUCUACUUCCCCGCGCUCUUCUGGUUCCAGCUCAUCAAGGAGGGCAAGUGGUACCAGGGCUGGAAGAACAUCUCGCUAUCCAUCUUGAACGCGUGCGUGUUCGUUAUCGGAAUUGCCAUCCUGGGAUGCGGCACGUACGCGAGUGUGCAGGAUAUAGUCACUCAGUACCAGGGAAACAGCGUGAGAGGUGCGUUUACCUGCAACUCGAACUCGUACACGUAG